ACAUACUCGACGCGCCGACUAAGAGGUAUUUUUUUGUAAAAAAAUAACUCAAAAAUGGGUGUGUCAUUUUUUCUCACCUCUUUCCAAAUGUGAAAAUUAUGCUUUGCACAAAAAGGAAUGCAUUUAAUACUCGUUGCGAUUGUGUGCUUUGAAUAUAUAAACAGUGAGAAAAGAAAACUUAAAUUAUCAUAUGUACGUGUGCCUGAUCUCGUCCCUCACCUCUCCCAGCACGGUUCCUAGCCUGCGAACGCAGACGUAUUUCCGUCUGUCACUUGAUUCCGCCGAAAAAUUUUAUUUUUAUCUCUAUUUAUAAUUAUUUUUCGGCGGAAUCAAGUGACAGCCGGAAAUACGUCUGCGUUCGCAGGCCACACGGUUCCGAGCAAGCUUGAUUAACAAGAGAUUUAUUACCCGACUCAGUAUGUUUAGGAAAAAUGCCACAAUCACGGACUGGGAAAAAGAGCGUAAUUCUGAUUGGGAGCCGACCAGGCGUACACCCACAUCUGAUGUUAAGUAAAACAGAAGGGAAAGAGAGUUGAUAGAAAAAGUAAAGGAAUCUUUUUUGUUUUUAAAAAGCAAGUUAUUUUGGAGACGUAAGAAAUAAAACAGCCAAAAAAAUCUUCAAGAGUGAUCGUGUGGGAUCAUUCGGGACAGUGCCCUCUCCAAUACUGAGGGAAUAUUGGACCGCCAAUAUGGAGCAAUCUGAUUGGUAGAUUUUAGUUAUUGGCCCGCUGAACUAACUUACUCGGGACCAUACAUUAGUAUGGAUAUAUGUGUAGCCGUAAAACAAUGGUUCUCCUUCUUCUCUCUAACUGUUAAAGUUUUGUUUGUAAAAGAAAAUAAUUGUGUGCCGUUCAAGUUUUCCAUGCAAGCAAAAGCCACGCAACAGACAGACCAAGGUACGCGUGGAGCCUGGGCACAAAUUUGCUUGAGACAGUUUGGUGUGGCAUACACCACACAAUAGUCAUUUUACUCUCGGUCAUUAUGUAAUUUUGAACUAGUUGGAUGUUUUGCUACAGACAAGAACUCUAUUAAACAGAAACGAGAAUUUUCUCAAGAUGUCAAGUAGGAAAAGGAAACAGAAACCACCAGAAAGAUUCAGUGAAGAAAAGCGAACUAAAAUGACGUGGAAUAUGUUCGAUCAACUCAUGCAGGCACAUGGCGGCAUUGACCCGGACGGUGAUGAAUCAACGGCAACAACUGGUAUUUACUCCUCUCCAGCUACUGAAAGCAACAACUCUUCGAGAAUUUUGAAUUCUAGGAAAAGAGGUAAGCGGCAAGCUGACGAUCGAAGCAAAAACAUCGAGUUGAAGCUGGAGAACAGUUAUCCUAAUGGCUGUGUUUGCCAACUGGGUCUGUUCAGUAUUAGUUUGUGCACCAACAAGACUCAAGAAGAUGAAGUAAGAACAGUCAAUGGAACAAAUGUGUCUUCUGAUGCUGAUGAGCUUUGGAGCACCGCUGGCUGUCAUUCUUGUGUUAUUGUAAGGCUAUCUUUUGAGCAAGAAUGCCCAUUAACAGAAAACACGAAUGGUCUAAACAAUGAUUCUUUGAGACAGGUAUCAUUUAAGGCUGUAGUUCCGUCCGUCUCAAAGGAUAAACUAGACGCUUUAGUCUACCUGCAAAGCAAAGGCGUUGUAUCCCUUGUGUUAAUGCCGGAGCAGCAUAUUUUAAAAGACAGCUGGGAAGUUGUGGUGUGUUUAAAUGAGAGCAGCUUCACUAAACUUCCAUUUGCUAGUGUUGAUGUGACAAAUAGGAAAACAGACAAGAUGAUGAAAUUGUUAAUGGACUGGUUUUAUGACUUUCCUGUAGAGCAUGAUUUGCUCUCACAAGACUGUAAUAAUCUAGUAAUGGACAAAAGUUUUGAUGAACUGUAUGAUGCUAUAAAGUCUGUUCAAGAGAGAACUUGCGCUGCUGAUUUGGCAAAAGGAGAUAUCACACUGCUCCAAGACUCUUUAGUGUCUGACCAUCCACUCUGCCGUGCAUGCAGCACACACAAUGACUGCAAGUGUGACUGUAAUGCAGAGCUCAACAGAUCAAGUGGAGUAAAUUUUUUUGACGUGCAGCAUCCUCUUCUGAAACCUGUUUUAAGAGGAUACCAAAGACGUGCAGUAGAGUGGAUGCUACGAAGAGAACAAGGCAGUCAAGCAACAUCACACACAAAGCAACUGGCUGAAACAAUUCACCCAUUAUGGCGGGAAGUCAAGAGUUUGGACGGAAAGCUGAUAUACUUUAAUCCUUACACUGGAAGGCUCACAAAAGAAAGAUUUUGCUCACCAUUGCCACCUCUUGGAGGAAUCUUAGCAGAUGAAAUGGGGCUUGGAAAGACAGUAGAGGUCAUUGCAUGUAUUUUGUGUCAUCGUAAACCUUCAUCGGAACACAAGUUACUGGACAACACUACAACAGCUGACCAGUACUCAAAUGUUAGCAAACUCGGCACAGCAUCAAAGACUGGAUGUGAGAGAGAGGCAGAAAUUGAGUCUGCAUCAGUUACUAAUGUUCAGGAGUGCUCUAAAAUGAAACCUACAGAAUGUGACUGUUGUAACCAAGAGGGUACUGACAGAAAUGCAGAUAAACCAGACUGUAGUUGUGACAAAAUUGACAAUGAUCCUACAGAAGUCAGUUGCAACCAAGGGUCAUCUUGUUCCAAAAGUACCCUGACAUUAUGCACUGGUAAUAGCGAUGGCGAUACAGUAGCAGUCACUGGAGAUGGUAACAGCUCUACAUGUAUGCCUGCGCACAGUACAAUGUCUUGUAAUCAGACAGACAACCUUGUAACAGAACUUCAAAGAGAUGAACAGAUUGCAAGUUCAGUAACUGCUACAUCUGUAGAAAAACGCACUUCAGUUAUAAAAUGCCAAUGCAUCUGUGGCAUAAAUAUUGCCCGUUGUGGCGACAAACUAUUGCAUUGUUGCAGUUGUCAAGCAGUUUUCCAUGCUGUGUGUCUUCAAUAUGACUGUCCGGGCAAGUUUUUGUGUCCACAUUGUGCAGUAAACCAGGUAGCCAUUCCAUCUCGGGCAACUCUGAUCAUCUCUCCUGCUCCCAUUGCCCAGCAGUGGGUGGAUGAGAUUUCCAGGCACACAAAACCCUCAACUCUUAAACUGCUGGUAUACAAGGGUGUGGCAAAAAUGGGAUUUGUUCCCCCAGAAGUCCUUGCCGACCAUGACAUAAUCUUGACAACGUAUUCAACCUUGAGAUCAGACUUCUUUCAUUUAGGAUGUAAGCAAGGAAGUGGUGGGAGGUCAAUGCGAUACGACAAGCGAUAUGUAGCACUACCAAGCCCUCUAACAGGGGUCAUGUUUUGGCGCAUUUGUCUUGAUGAGGCGCAGAUGGUGGAGAGUACAACAGCCAAGGCAGCAGAAGUAGCACUACAUUUGAGCAGUGUACACCGGUGGUGUGUCACAGGAACACCAAUACAGAAGGGACUAGAAGAUAUUUAUGGUCUGCUGUUGUUUCUUGGUGUUGAUCCAUACUGUCAUCAAAAAUGGUGGAAGGCCUUACUGUAUGAACCAUACAGGAAUGGACAAAGGCAAGCCUUGUAUGACAUCCUGGCCAAGAUCAUGUGGCGAAGUGCAAAGAAGGAUGUUAUCAAUGAGAUUCAGCUUCCAGACCAGGAUGAGAAAGUUAAGUGGUUGACAUUUUCUCCUGUUGAACAGCAUUUUUAUCGCCGACAACAUGAAGAGUGUGCAGGCACUGCUAUGAAGAUGCUGGGUAACUGGGAGAAGUCAGACACCAUGUUAAGCGCUAUAGACAGACACACAGUCCAUCAGUUGUUGAACCCCUUGUUACGGCUUCGCCAAGCUUGUUGUCACCCUCAGGCAGUGAGAGGAGGUUUUCUUUCAAUGCAGAAAAGUACACUCACUAUGGACAAGUUAUUGGAAAGUUUGAUAACAAAAGCUAAGCUGGAAUGUGAGGAAGCACAUCGGCAACUCUUGUUCGCUUUCAAUGGUCUUGCUGGGAUUCACAUGUUGAAGGAAGAGUGGCCAGGAGCUGUUGACAUGUACAGAGAGGCAAUGAGAUCAUGGACAGAACAUGAAAACACAUUUAGGACUGAUGCACUACAAAAAUUGCACACACUGUUCAACCUAUCUGAUGUCCUCAGUCGUCGCUACCCAGGAUGUUCAAAUACUUUGAGAGAUGAUAAACUACCAGAUGAAGUGAAGGAACUAAAAAAUGUCUACACAACAAGGGUUAAUGUUCAAGUAACUGCAGCACAGCAAAACCUUGAUGUUGCCCAAACCAGUCUUGCUGAGAUAGGAAAAAAGGUAGAUAUCCAGUCUCCAUGGUGGAUUGAAGCUCUUCAGUCUGUAGCGACAAGAGGAAUGGAAAGUGAUCUUUGUUACAGAAUUAAAGAUGAACUCUCAGCAACUGACAUGGACCUUAGCUCCAUUGGAAGAUUUAAGGACCUUCAUGGACUGCAGUAUCUUGUUUCAUCCAAGCUUGACUUGAUCGAGUCAACUCAUAAAAACUUGUUGGAAGCCCUGAACAGGCUUGUGGUGCCCCCAUCGUCUCAGAUGGUCCAGGCCAGUGCAGAGUGUUGUUUGCGGCCAGCAAAGGACAACCAUUCUCUUAGGUGUGCAUUUUGUCAAGUAGAUGACAUUUUCACAGAAUAUGAAUCACGAAUAUUCGGUCACCAAGGGAUGAAGGGAGUCGACGACCAAGGUUUGCAGCCUGACGAGUCUCUUGAUUGGCAUCGCCAUGGUAACACUGGAGGCCUGAGAGCGGACUCUGAGGUUGAAAAGGUUCUGCGAGUGGUGCAUAGCUUCAUCAAGAUUAACAAAACCGCUUCAACUGCACAACUGCUUCAAGAAGGUCGGUUGCAUUUGAACUUAAUUGAAGGACUGAGGAAGGAAUUUAAGUUUCUUAGAGCUCUAUGGUUUGCCCUUCACGAACGAAUCUCCUCUCUGGAUGAGCUGGACAUGUGCACCACUCGCCUCAGGCUUCUGCUGCCAGGAGAGCCAGUCACAGAUGAUAUUCAUGUUAUCCAUCCACUACAAGUGGAACAACAGCGCCUGAAAUUCAUGUCCGAUCGAAUAGUCGCCCAAACUGAACUGAGAAAAAAACUUGGUCAGCUUCUUUACCUCAACAAUUUGGCGAAGACCCAGACGUGCCACGAUGGCAAAAAUCCUGAACCAUGUCCAGUAUGCACCAAACAGCUAGGUGUCCAGUGGAGCGUUUUCUCUUGUGGUCACUGUGUAUGCUGCCAGUGUGCCUGGGUGCUCUUACGACAGGCUGGAAUUGGUCCCCGCCAGAGGAACGUACAUGUUAAGUGCCCAAUGUGUCGGAUACCUACCCUUGCACAGGAAAUCUCCUACGUGAGCACCACAAGGAGCCAGACGAAAGAAACAGAGGAAAAUGUCACAGUCAAGGGCAGCCAUUCGACUAAAGUUGAAGCAGUUGUGCGUACCUUGUUGACAAUUAAGUCGUCAGACAGUACGGCAAAGUGUCUCGUGUUCUCAACAUGGCAGGAGGUGCUUGGUGUCUUGGCAAAAGCGUUGGAAGAGAAUGGCAUCAAAUAUAGGCACAUCACUGGAAGCAGACUUUUCCAGUCAAACCUUCAAACGUUCAAGCAGGAUUCCCUGGUAGGUGUGCUUCUUCUGCCUCUACAGACAGGCUCUAAUGGCCUGAACAUCAUUGAAGCGACACACGUGUUGUUAGUGGAGCCUGCCUUGAACCCCGCCCAUGAAUUACAGGCUGUGGGUCGUGUACACCGCAUUGGACAAACUAAGCCCACUCACGUGUACCGUUUUAUCAUACGAGGAACUGUCGAGUCUCGGAUGCAUUCCUUGUUGCAGUCAAAGCCGGCUGGCUGUGUUAGACCCGGAGCACGUGACAGCGAGAACUCCAGUCUGACGCUAGGUGACCUCGCCUCCUUGUUCACCCAGGAUGAAGACCACGACGAGGAGCAGUGCAUGCCGGGAUCGUUUGGUUUCCAGAAAGAAUGAGAACCAUCUCCGGAGACCAACGAAUGUUGAACUUAAAAGUCUGCAAGGCCUGGAGGCUUUGAUAUUUAUUUUCUUAUAACUUUUAGCGAACAAACAAUUUAGUUGCCAUGAAUAUAACAACCAAAAUAGUCUCAGAGUGUCGAAAUUCACACUGUGAAAGCCGCGCAUACGAAAUGAGCAAACUGUAAGAGUUUGUAUGGAAAUUCAUCGAAAGGUUUCUAACGUAAUGAAUAUAUGAAAUAAAUUGUAGUUGAGAUAAUAAACAUUUUAAAAAAUGAAAAUGAUUUACCCGUUCUUGUGCUGCAGUUUACUUCUGUUUCUUAGACCUGGGACUGGUUUGACUUUUGAUGUUUAAGACUUUUUUAUCAGUCUUGUCCAACAAACUUUUUUACGUUUUAUUAGUAAGAUAGUAGACUCGACUACGGGCAUUAAAGGUCUUGGACUAUUCCGGGAUGGAAAAAUGUAUUGUGAUACCAUUUUUGUAUUAUCAAGCCACAAGACAAGACAAACAAAACAAGAGAUCUUCAGACUUAAACUUUCGUGGCUAAAUUUCUUUUACGGUUAACAUUUGUCACAGAUAAAGGUUAAAAUGAUCCAAUUUUUAGGCCCAAGAUCUUAAGUUUUGGGGAUAUUUUCUAUCCCUGCCAUCUUAUUAGGCUUG